AGAGGCGGCGGGCGGCCAGCAGAUGGAUCCCGUGGCCAGCAGCUGCAUGACCAGCGCUCACCCCCCAGCCUCGGUCUGGGGCUGCCUCCGGAACCCUCACUCCGAAGGCAGUGGGGCCUCGGGGCUGCCCCACUACACCCCGACCCCAUUCUCCUUCCAUCAGAAGCCAGACUUCCCAGCGACAGCAACAGCAGCAACAGCGGCGUACCCCGACUUCUCAACCUCCUGCCUGGCUGCCACCCCCCACAGCCUACCCCGGGAGGAGCGUGUCUUCCAUGAGCAGCACCCUACCUUCCCACAAUCCCCCGAAUGGCACUUCCCUGUCACGGAGGCCCGGCGAAGGCUCAACCCAGGCCCCAUUGGGGGCUCCAGGGAGCUGGGGGCCAGCAGUCCUGGGCUGGUGGAUGCUGCAGGAAGCCCUGGUGAGGACUACGGGGUGCUCGGGAGCACUGCCAAUGAGACAGAGAAGAAAUCAUCCACACGGAAAAAGGAGACUUCAGACAACCAGGAGAACCGCGGGAAGUCGGAUGGCAGCAGCAAGGCUCGCAAGGAGAGGACGGCCUUCACCAAGGAGCAGCUGCGGGAGCUGGAGGCGGAGUUUGCACAUCACAACUACCUGACCCGGCUGCGGAGAUACGAAAUCGCGGUGAACCUGGACCUCUCCGAACGCCAGGUCAAAGUGUGGUUCCAGAACCGACGGAUGAAGUGGAAGCGUGUGAAGGGAGGUCAGCCCAUUUCCCCUCAUGGGCAGGACCCCGAGGACGGGGACUCCGCAGCCUCUCCAAGUUCAGAGUGAAGCUCUUCUGGGAGAAAAAAGGCUGAGAACUGAGCCCCUGCCCA